AUGGCCGACGAUACUAAUGAUGAUAAUAAACCUGAGGGUGAAGACGACGGUCUUUUGGCUUCACUAUCGCCGUCGCCAACAAAAUUUGAUGUCAGUAAUUUUCAAUGCCCGCAUCCAGAUUGUGGCAGAUUCUAUGCUUCCAAGCAUGGACUUGACAAUCAUAAUAGAGUUCAUUUUACUGAUGACGAAAAGCCAUUCGCCUGUCCUCAUCCAGGAUGUCUUUCAAGAUAUACGAACAAGAGAGGAGUUACCCGUCACUUCAAUCUCAAACAUAAAGACAAAAGUGACUGGUUCAACUGUCCUACAGCAGAGUGCGAUUCUUCUUUUUCUGAUGAAAGACAACUCAAGUUGCAUCAAAGAGAGCAUGGAUUGUUUCGCUGUACCGCAAGACACUGUGCCUAUGAGUACACCACCGAGCAAGAGCUAUAUGAUCAUAGAGAGCGUAACCAUACAACCUCUGAUGUAUAUGAGGAUCGUACUAGCAAACGACCACCAGGAGCAUCUAAGAAAGAAGACUCGUCUGCACAAGUAUUGAGCGGAGAAGAGACUGGAGAUGAGAUUGUUGUCGACGAGGAUUCAGCGAAACCAGAAUUCUACGGAGAUAAAGAUAAAUUUGAGAUUAGUUCCCCCUUCAAGACGCCUACAUUCGGGAGAGGAAGUAAAAGAGGCAUUACGAAAAGAGUCUCGUUGAAUAUGGAGGAGUAUCCUGCAAGACCUAACUGCAAAGGCUGGAAAUGUCCCAAACCUGGCUGUACAAUCUGUCGCAAAGUACAGUUUGAUCUGAUUGCUCACUGGCAGGAAGCACACAGUGAUAUACCAGAACCAGCUCAUUUUGAAUUUGUCCAUGGUCCAAAGUCGUCCGAGAAUACUGCCACUCCUACAUUUGGGGCCAAUGACCAUCGGCUCGGAGGACAGUCCACUUCUGUUGGUCAAUCAGCUCGCUCCGACCAGGAAGGAGCAAGUCAAAGCAAUGCCAAUGAUGGUUCUAGAGGGCUAGAUUCUCAACAACAGAGAGGGAAGGGUGACGAUGCUGCAGGAAACAAGAAUACAAAUAUGAAUGGCGUAAGCGUACCAAAUGCUGCUGCAUUAAUCCCUUCCAUCGCUGCUUCUCGUUCCCCUACAACAACAAAUGCUCAAGGUCACACUCCAAGAUCUAACAAUGGUCCUCCCACUAUUCCCCCUCCACGCCACGCAUCUAAUCUUGCUCAUCCAGCCGCCAACAUCUUGGCCAAUUCUACUGGCAAUCUUUCUGGUCUAGCUGAAACCCCUUCAGUCAACAAUCGACGCAAGAAGGCAAGAAUUGGCCAUCCCGCUCAGAGGAUUCACGUUCGUGCAAUGGAGGCCCGCCGUAUGAGUCCUCCUCCUGCUAGGAGUAAUCAAGCUGCAAAGUCUGCUGUUGCUUUGAUCAAUACCAGAAUGCCUCCUCAAAGACAUUAUCAAGUCUCUUCUCCCGCUUCUUCCCGUCGCGCCUCUUCUGUGAGCUCUGAUGAGGAAGAGGAAGAAGACGAGGAGGAGGGUCUCUUUGUCUCGCCACCCGAUACCACCAAGUUUCAGACCAAAGGUUCUCGCCGCGUACUGGGCGUUCGAGGCUUUGCCAACAUGCCAUUGCCUAGAGAUCAAGAUUCUGACGAGGAGGAUCUUAGACCAAGUCAUAUCUUGAGACAAGAACGCCGUGCUGCUGCUGGCAAGUCUGUGAAGCCUGAUCAUACCCGAGAAUUUCUUGGUGCGGGUAGGAAAAUCUACGGUCAACCUAGAAAGAUGGGGAAAUCCGCCAAGCAUUUUGCAGCCCGAUCAAGUGAUUCAGAUGAUGAUUCAAAUUUCGAUGGCAGCGAGUUGAGUUCAUCCGGUAGCUCUUUUGGAGAAACCGAAACCCACCGCCCCGGUCGUCGUUCAACAAAUCAUGUCAACGCACGUCCCUCGAACUCCGUUCCUCGUCGCCCCUCUGUCAACAACGGCAAUCCCCCAAGAACUCCUUCUCCUGAUCUUCCUAGAUACCAACCCUAUGAAGUCUACGGUCCUGAUCUCAACUCUCCACCCCCAUCCUACCUCAUCAAAUCUCCUGGUGUUAUCGAUCGCACUCUUCCAUACCCUAAUCGCCCAGAAGACAAAACGCUCCCUGAUAUUGCUGCAGUUCAACCCGACGACCUCUUCGAUGCUGAUGACAUCUUUUUUAGCUUUCGAGAUAUGACUCCGCAUGAAAAAGAGAUACAAGAUCGCCUUGACGCAGAGAAAGAAGCUGUGAGAGCAAAUGCAUAUGGCUCUGGAUUUCGUGCUCCAUUGCAUUUUGAUCAUUGUCCCUACACAGCCCCAAUCUGUCGUGCCGAGCGGGCAGCUUGGAUUGCGGAGAGAUUGCGUCUCGAUGUUGAGGAAGCUCGUGGUGAUGAAUCUGAAGAUCCUGAUACACCAUCAAGAAUGGAUCUCGAUGAUGAUCGUCGCUCUGAUGUUGACGUAGAGAUGACACGUACCAGAAGAUCUGCAUUAUCAAAGAAGAAGAGAGCCACUUGCUCGGGUCCGGUUCGUGAAAAGAGAAAGUACAACUGGCGUGAUCCAUUUAGGAAGAAUAAGCGUCGCAGAAGUAGUCUUUCUGGCAGUACAUCUCGUCGUGCCAGUACUCGCCGUUCUAAUUCUGGUGGGAACUCUCAGAUUGAUGGUGCCAACGAACAGGAGGAAGUAGUCGCCAAAAGCCAAAGGCCAAUUUGGGCAUGGAGUGAGGCGCAUGGCGCUGUGAUCAAUACACGAAAGCCUGUUGAAUCGGUUCGUCCGGAUGAUUUGGCUACUGAAGGUGGCACUGCGCUUCCUCGUCUUGUCCAUUGUGCUUCUGCUACUCCCUCUGUUGGCUCGGAUGACUUGAAUGCUUCGAGUGCGCCCACUGCUGCAGUUGGCAGCGCUCAGGCCUCCUUUGUUCUUAGUGAUGGAUAA